CUCCAAAUAUUCUUUGCACAAAGGGAUUUGCUGCCUCACCCCACCCAUACACACACUUCCCUCUUUUCCUUCUUUCCUUGUAUAUAAUUUUUUUCUACCUAAAUUAUUUGUUUGGCAUUGCCAUUUCCAUUUUUAUAUAAAAGAAAAAGCUUUGGAAUAACCAAAGAGCAAAUGAAAAGAAAAGAAGAAAUAAGAGGAUGAUGACCAUCACUACAACAUCCUCUGUUUUCAUUUUAUUAUAUGCUUUUUCAUAGAUCUCUCUCUCUGAUUGAAUCCAAGACUUGCUUUUUACUGUGUAAUCAGUAUUUGCAAACUGGGGUCUGCCUGAUUUUCUUGAUAAAGAAAUGAUGGAGACAGAUCUCGGUAAGCUAUUUAUAGGUGGGAUAUCUUGGGACACAGAUGAGGAACGUCUUAAAGAAUAUUUCAGUUCAUAUGGAGAAGUGGUAGAAGCUGUGAUCAUGAGAGAUCGCAACACUGGUCGUGCUCGUGGUUUUGGUUUUGUUGUCUUUGCUAAUCCUGCCAUUGCUGAAAGAGUCGUUAAUGACAAGCACAUCAUCGAUGGCAGAACGGUUGAGGCAAAGAAGGCUGUUCCUAGGGAUGACCAACCACACAUAAUAAUAAAUAGAAGCAUUCAAGGAUCUCCAGGUCCUGGACGCACAAAAAAGAUAUUUGUAGGAGGUUUAGCAUCUACUGUUACUGAAAGCGACUUCAAGACAUAUUUUGAUCAGUUUGGUACAAUUACAGAUGUUGUAGUGAUGUAUGACCACAACACUCAGAGGCCAAGAGGCUUUGGAUUUAUAACUUAUGAUUCAGAGGAGGCAGUGGAUAGGGCCUUGUAUAAGACCUUUCACGACCUAAAUGGUAAAAUGAUUGAGGUGAAGCGCGCCGUUCCCAAAGACCGGAGCCCCCCUUUGACAUAUGGAGGACUUGGUAGAGUAAAUAACUUUCUCAACAACUAUGCUCAAGGGUAUAGUUUAGGUUCGGUUGGAGGAUAUGGGGUCAGGAUGGAUGGUAGAUUUAGUCCAGUUGCCAGCGGACGCACUCAGUUUUCUUCUCCUGCUUAUGGAAUGGGUGUCAAUUUGGACCCAACAUUGAGCCCUGCCUUUGCAGGAGCUUCCAAUUUUAGUAACAAUCUUGGUUAUGGGCGAGUUCUGAAUCCAUAUUUCACUGGCAACUCAAGCAGAUACACUACACCCAUUGGAUAUAAUACAGGCAGCAGUAGAGGUGAUUCUUUGCUUAGCUCACCAACCAGGAAUGUAUGGUCAAAUGGUGGUCUUAACAGUUCUCCAGGUCCUGGUAGCUCCGGUUCAUUUAUGGGCUCCGGAACUGGUAGUUAUGGGGUCUUUGGGAAUAAUGGGCCCAAUUGGGGCUCGUCUGCUCCAGUUGGUAGUGCUUCUGGAUAUGGUGGUCGGAAUGUUGUUGGGUUCCGGAGUCAUGGGCUGGGAUCUGGAGGAGUUGCAAGAAGCAAUGCUGUCCCAACUUCAUUUGCUGCAUCAAAUGAGGGGUCUUACGGAGAUGUAUAUCGCAGUGGCUCAAUGUAUGGUGAUCCGACUUGGCAAGCUGUCUCUUCUGAUAUGGAUGGCUCUAGUACAUUUGGAUAUGGACUUGAAAAUCCAGCAGAUGUUUCGGCCGAGAAUUAUAUUGGAAAUUAUAGUAUUGCAAAUAGACAAUCGAAUAGAGGGAUCGCGGCAUAGGAGAUUUCUUUAUUUGAAUAUCUGAAGACUCUUAGAAGUGCCCUGAGAAAAUUAAGUGGGCUGUGAAUGUUAACACAUAUUCCACAUAAUAUGCAUUUCAACUAUAGCUGAUCAUAUAGAGCUAACGAGGGGCCUGUCUAAAAAAGUAUUACAUAUUCAGAGAGAGCAGUUUUUAAAGGGAUUUUGUGUUAUGCUUUGAGGUUUCAAUUUUUCGAAAGCAAUUUAGGCUCAUUUCUCAGCAUUUAAUCAAGAUGUAUAUCCGAUUAUACUUGACACCGUCCAUUGCAGUUGGUGUGUUGUGCAUCCACAACAAAGCGAGUAUUGGACUAUGUCGAGAGGUAGAGUUUUUUCUUAAAACUUUUUGUCCGGUUUAGUGACUGGCAAAGCUGCUAUUGUUUGUUCUAGUAGUUUUUUAUCUGGGAUAUGUUUUUCUCUCAGAUUGUAUUCCACAUCCUUUUUGAUUUACUAGUGUGAAACAAAUCUAGGAUCCACCAUAAAUAAGUACUGAAAUUUCUGUUUCUAUUCUGGUUACAGAUUGUAUAAGCUUUACAUUUUAAGCUGUAUUUUGUAAGCAACUAUGUUGCAGUUGAAAUAGAUAUAAGUUCUUUUUUUUUUCUUUC